CAGUGUCGGCAGGUAAAACUCAUUAGUUGUCAUCAGGACUUUAUCAACGCUUAUUCAAAUCACCGGCGCUGCACUUACACAGGAUUUGGUAUACAUUAAAUGUAGUAGUUUGGUACCUUGCAUUUAAUUUCAUGGGACCUUUGCAUCAAAUGAAGUACUGACUUUUUUUGUGCUUAUGAUCUGUAAGUAAAUCAAACAAUCCCCCUCUAGUCUAGGAACUGGAAACAUCAGAGAUCAUACUUAUCGAACACCCUUGCUUGCUUAGGACAAUGUAGCCAAUGGAUUACUUCUAAACUUGGAAUAAAUUGCUCUAGAGACGAAGCACAGGUUGCUCCACGGCAUGGCAUUUGUCGAAAACACAUUAGUCCGCGUGUAAUCAAUGCAUCUUACUGACUUUGUAGAAUAGCUACAAGGCCGAGUCAACUCCAUUAUGCAGAUAUGCAAUGGUUUUUGCUGGACUUUGUGUAUAAAUACUCAUCAUACCUAUUCGAGCUUUAAAUUUCAUCCGGCGCUAACUUUCUUCUUAACGAUCCUACGCUUUUCUUUGCCUUUAUUCUUUUUAACUAGUAAUCAAACAUAUAUAUAUAUAUAUAUAUGUAUAUGGAUAUGGAUAGAAUGAGAAUUGGGAUAAAGAGAUGGCUUGUGGCAUUUAUAGUUGUGGCAGUGGCCGGAUUGGCGAGCCGGGGAGUGGCGCAGCCGCAAGUUCCGUGCUACUUUGUAUUUGGCGAUUCAUUGGUAGACAAUGGCAACAACAACGACAUUCAGUCGUUGGCCAGGGCUAAUUACUUGCCUUACGGCAUUGAUUUCCCUGGCGGGCCGACUGGCAGGUUCUCCAACGGCAAGACUACAGUUGAUGUCAUUUCUGAGCUUCUCGGAUUCGACGAUUACAUACCGGCGUACGCCUCCGCCCGGGGACAGGACAUACUCAGGGGAGUGAACUAUGCAUCUGCUGCUGCUGGAAUCAGACAAGAAACAGGACAACAACUGGGUGCGAGAAUAGACUUCGCCGGACAAGUGAAUAACUACAAGAACACGGUUGCGCAAGUCGUGCAAAUACUAGGCGACGAAGCAUCGGCUGCGGAUCAUUUGAGCAAGUGCAUAUACUCGAUCGGCGUCGGCAGCAACGACUACCUUAACAACUAUUUCAUGCCUUUAACUUACCCGACUAGCCGGCAAUUCUCCCCCGAGCAAUACGCCGAUGUCCUAAUUCAGGAAUACACCGAACAACUAAGGAAUUUGUACAACUACGGAGCGAGGAAGUUUGUAUUGAUCGGAGUCGGGCAGAUCGGAUGCAGCCCGAAUGCGCUGGCGCAGAACAGCCCCGACGGGAAAACAUGCGUGGAUAGAAUCAACUCGGCGAAUCAGCUGUUCAACAACAAGCUAAGAGGCUUAGUCGACACGUUCAAUUCGAAUUCGCCAGAUGCGCAUUUCAUCUAUAUCGACGCCUACGGAAUGUUCCAGGACUUGAUCGACAACCCCUCGGCCUUUGGUUUCAGAGUGACCAACGUUGGAUGCUGCGGUGUGGGGAGGAACAACGGGCAGAUAACAUGUCUGCCAUUGCAAACGCCAUGUGAGGACAGGAAUGAGCACCUGUUUUGGGAUGCUUUCCAUCCGACAGAAGCUGCGAAUGUGGUGGUCGGGAGAAGAUCUUACAGGGCCCAAAAGCCAUCUGAUGCUUAUCCUUAUGAUAUUAGCCGAUUGGCUCAGCUGUAGAAUUGUGGCCAAAUCCACACCAACCAAUCGAAAUUUAUUGUUUGCUGUAAUAUCAUCUAUAAAUUUCUGCAACUUGAAAUGACUGUAUUAUUUUAAUGGAAUUUCAUGAUUUAAGUGUC